CUCUCUCAAAGGUCACUUUCGCUGCUCCUUUCGAUUCUGCCCUACGCUUUCCCCAAACCAGAAGGCGACAGCCUCCGUGUAGGCGACGGUACUGAAAGGAGACCGGAGCGAGCGGCGGCACCGACUGGGGAAUCUUUAUCGUAUGUCUUCUUCCUCCCCUUCUACUCCCUCUUCUCCGUUUGUUCCCGUCGAAUUCGACCACCUUGCGCCAGAACAAUGAUAAAGCUUUUUAAAAUUAAGGACCAAAGACGGGAGGAUGCAGCAAAUUCCAGUGGAAAGGCUCCUAUCAAGAAGCAAAGUGCUGGAGAAUUGCGUCUUCACAAAGAUAUCAGCGAGCUGAAUCUACCAAAAAGCACAGACAUAACUUUUCCAAAUGGCAAGGAUGAUCUGAUGAAUUUCGAAAUCAGCAUAAGACCUGAUGAAGGUUACUAUCAAGGGGGUACGUUUAUUUUCACAUUCCAAGUAUCUCCUUCUUAUCCUCAUGAGCCACCAAAGGUCAAAUGCAAGACAAAGGUUUACCAUCCUAAUAUUGACUUGGAGGGAAAUGUCUGCCUUAACAUUCUGCGUGAAGACUGGAAGCCUGUGCUUAGCAUAAAUACUAUUGUUUAUGGCUUGAUUCUUCUCUUCAUGCAACCCAACGAUGAGGAUCCAUUAAAUCACGAUGCAGCAGUGGUUCUCCGCGACAAUCCCAAGUUGUUCGAGGCCAAUGUGAGGAGGGCAAUGGGUGGAGGGUAUGUGGGUCAAGUCUACUUCCCGAGGUGCAUAUGAGAAGGCUAGUAUAUAGUGCAUAAUACGCGAACUGUUAUAAAUUUGUCCUGGGAAACAAUGCGUAUGGUCAAAAAAGAUUUUAAUGUGGUGCUAUAUAAUGUGAAACUAGUUGUGUGUGACGUUACCGGUGCUAGUUGUUUUUAAAGAUUAGGCCAUGGCGGCCCCCCUA